AUGGUGGUGUUACCUAUCGAAGCGUCUUUGUCCCCACACGACCCUCUCGCGAAGUGGGAGGACCACAUGGCCUGCUGGCAGAUGAGCUACCGUGGAGCAUUAGGAGAGUCUUUACUACACUUGUUAAUUAUAUGCGAUACGAAGAUCCACACGCGUUUAGCCAGAACCUUGGUAAAAUGUUUUCCAAAGCUGUCAUUAGACGUCGUUGAAGGUGAAGAAUAUUUAGGUGCAAGCUCCCUUCAUUUGGCGAUAGCAUACAGUAACAAUGAACUCGUCCAAGAUUUAGUUGAAGCUGGAGCCGAUGUCAGUCAGAGAGCUAUUGGAAGUUUCUUCCUACCUCGUGAUCAACAACGCGUUCCACCACAUCGUCACACAAACUACGAGGGUCUGGCGUAUCUGGGCGAGUACCCACUAGCCUGGGCGGCAUGCUGUGCAAACGAAGCUGUGUACAACCUCUUGCUGGACUCUGGAGCAGACCCCGACGCCCAAGACUCAUUCGGCAAUAUGAUCCUGCAUAUGGUGGUCGUGUGCGAUAAACUGGACAUGUUUGGCUACGCCCUUCGCCAUCCUAAAGUGCCAGCCAGCAACGGUCGAAUGAACCAUGCGGGAUUCACACCGCUUACUUUGGCUUGUCAUCUGGGUCGCGCCUCCGUGUUUCGGGAGAUGUUGGAACUUUCCUCUAGAGAGUUCUGGAGAUAUUCCAACAUCACAUGUUCCGCUUACCCGUUGAACGCCUUGGACACAUUAUUGCCAGAUGGAAAGACAAAUUGGAACUCGGCGCUGUUCAUAAUUCUAAAUGGUACAAAACAGGAGCAUAUAGACAUGAUAGACGGAGGUAUUAUUCAGAGGCUACUGGAAGAGAAAUGGAAAACAUUUGCCAGAACAAAGUUUCUUAAAAGGCUCAUGAUCUUCAUGCUACAUUUACUUCUACUUUCCAUCUCUGUAUACUUGAGGCAUAGCAGCGCGGAAGCUGACGCUAACCCAGACUGGGGUCUGGAAGUGACGGACGCCAGGAGUGGGAUACGCCUAGCAAGCGAAUUGGGUACUAUACUCAGUACGCUGUGCUAUAUUAUACUACAGCAGGGCGACGAAAUAAAGAACCAAGGUGUGGCUGCGUACUUUAAACAGUUGAUUCACGAGCCCGCCAAAUUUAUAUUCUUGGCAUCUAAUUUGCUUCUUUUGGCGUGCAUACCGGCUAGACUCUCCCGGCAAACUAUGAUAGAAGAAGCAAUCCUGAUUUUCGUACUACCUGGUUCCUGGUUCCUGCUCAUGUUUUUUGCUGGUGCUGUAAAACUCACCGGUCCGUUUGUAACCAUGAUCUACAGUAUGAUAACCGGUGACAUGUUUACCUUCGGCAUCAUCUACAGCAUCGUGCUCUUUGGCUUCUCACAGUCAUUUUACUUUCUUUAUAAAGGUUUUCCUAAUGUGCAGUCAACGUUAUACUCGAGUUACCCGAGCACAUGGAUGGCAUUAUUUCAAAUAACUCUCGGUGAUUACAGUUACUCAGACCUUUCCAUGACGACAUACCCGAACCUCGCGAAGGCAGUUUUUGCGCUUUUCAUGGUGUUUGUGCCUAUCUUACUGCUGAAUAUGCUCAUCGCUAUGAUGGGUAACACGUAUGCGCACGUCAUCGAACAAUCCGAGAAAGAAUGGGUCAAACAGUGGGCGAAAAUAGUAGUUGCCCUGGAACAGUCGGUGGCUCAAGAGGAUGCUCACCGCUAUCUACAGGAAUACUCAAUAGGACUGGGGCCAUCGGACGACCCACGCUACGAGCAACGCGCCGUCAUGGUUAUCAAAAGCAAAGCCAAGACGCGCGGGAAGCAACGCAAGUGUGCUCUCGCUAACUGGAAGCGAGUUGGAAAAGUGACUAUUGCUGAAUUAAGAAAACGAGGUAUUAGUGGAGAGGAACUUAGAAGGCUCAUGUGGGGUCGCGUCUCUAUUUCUACUCCAACGAAAGCGCCUCUACCAAUGCGAGGCCCCCCACCACCGGACUGUGUGACAGCCGCAGAAGCGGCAUUAAGCGGUGAAGCUGGUAAUGGUGUCGGUACAGCAUUAUCUUCAGCUUUAAACGUCAUGGCAUUUACAGAGUUUGAACUUGGAAUCAGUGAUGGUCAGGAUCCAGCUCAAAACCAAGCAACACCGGAUCUUUUGGUAAACGGAAAAACGGCGUCUACUAAACCUCUACAAACUCAAGUGCAAUCAACACCUAAUCAACUAACUGUUCCUCAAAUUGAUACAAAAGUUAACAUGGCUGCGCCUAUUAAAAGCGACUUGGAUAUUAAAAACACAAAUUCAACAGUAGAUGCCAAAGCAUUGAACGUACCGAGACCAGAUACAAUACCGGCUGAAAUUUCAGACCAGACAUUAACUGGUCAAAACGUUAAUGCUUCAAUACAAUUAAUAACUCAAACAAGCCCUACCAUCAAAGAGGAAGUGUUCGAAGAUUUUCUUUUCAAACUGAUAGUGUUAGCCGACAAAACUGAUUCCAAUGACCCACGUCUGAAGAAUUUAGCUGAGCAGGCCGCUAAUUUGGAUCAUGUUCCCUUCAUAGACGUCAAUACUAGCAUGGUGGCGAAAUCAGCGCGUAAAAUGGUGGCGGGAGCUGUCUCCGAGUUGUUUGGCGUAGCUGCUGAUACGCCAGCGCCUGAGGCGGGCUGGAGGAGGGAAAGGCAGGACCACAGCGACAGUGACCCUAUAUCAGAAUCUGUACUGCUUGGGCGAGCGUCUCGCGCGAGACGAGCCCGCUCUGCAUCUCGACGCGCUGCGCCUCCGCUGCCACAUCUCUACGUACCGGCCAGAUCCAUGUACUUAGUGGCUUCUGAAAGCAGCGCAGUUGAAAGCGAUGCGCCAUGGGAAGACCAGCCUAGUUCGGGAAAUAAUUGCAGUGCGUUAGGCGCUCGCGAUGAAGCGGCUCGAAUGAAAGCAGCACGGCCCCUGUGUAUACAGCAUGCCACUGGACAAGCGCACGUGGAACAUUCUUUAUUUGUUAUAGUACCACACACGGCGAUCGUGGAUGCAAUGAACAUGUAUAACAUAAUAAUAUCCAUUCAAUUCAACGUGUCUACUUGGUCCUACACAUUAGGUACAGGUAGCGGUGCAGAAGUAGAAAGUGCAGCUCCUGCGUCAGUCUUAAAGACGGAAAAACGAGUGCGUCCGAAAACGGCACGUCCGCGUCGUAACAGGGUAUCCCCAGUCCCGGAAGUUAGCAGUCCGCUUCAGCCGUGGGCAACAGCACCGCUCAAUAAGCUCUCACGUUUUAUCCACACGGAUGGUUCCUCGGCGUCCCUAUCUAAUACGUCGAGAGAAAGCUCUCCUACGAGGUAUUGA